AUGUGCUUCUACGACCAACACAGGUUCAUUUGUGGCGACUGGAAGUGGGGCCACUUCCGACAGCACUGUGCCAAGGAGUACCGAAUCGGCGAGACGUGUGGCAUGAAGCUUAUAAUGCAGACAGUUCCUACUGGAACUUACUGUAAGCUCUGCGAGAAGAUCAACACCAAGAUGCGCCGCCGAGCCGCCGAGGUGGACCGCAUCGGGCGGUGGCAGCGGGAGCCUCACAAGUUCGGAGCUUCAAUCGAGAAAUCGAUGGAGAUGAUUCGUAGCCUGGAUGGAGAGAUCAAUGAGCUAUCCUGCGAGCGCAACCGCAGACUGCAGGCAAUCCACUGA